AUGGCUGCCUGCUUCGAGAACUUUUCUUUAGCUACUAGUAUCAAAGGAACAGAUGCUGUGCAGAUCGGGAAAGCGUCAAGAGGUUACAAGGUCUCCUCCAUUCCUUAUAAAUACCAGACAAGAAUGAUCCCAAACUCAGAAAAAAAGGGAUUUAAUUCUCAAGCAAAGAGGUUUCAGUAUAACCAGAAUGAAAUUCCAGGCCCGGGAUUCUAUAACGUCGUUCACCAGUCUGCAGAGAUUAACAGCACCUCAUUGUCAAAGAAGGGAACGGGCUACUUUCCUUCCAUGGAUGCUCGUCUCCCACACAACAGAAAACCCAGCUACCCUGCCGCAAACGCCUACAACCUCUCGUUGGCAUUUCAAUCCAAGCAAGAUUUCAGCACGGGAAACUCCAGUAUGUUUCAGCAACCAAUCGCUAAGAGGAGAGCGCAAACCUCCACCCCAGCGCCCAACCAAUACAACGCCUGUCUAGAUUUCUGCAAGCAAAGCAACAACGUAUGUGCCCGGGCGGUGUUUUUGUCCAAAACGACAAGAGGAUUAAGCACUGAUAAAACAGAAAAAUGGCCUUCUCCGUGCCAUUACAGAAUCAAUGAAUCCCUCGUCAAGAAGUCCCCCAGGAUUCUAGUGUCUUGCUUCAGAUCAAAUACUCAUCGUGAAACAAAGGUGAACACAAUAAGCCCAGGGCCUGCAGCGUAUCAGCUAAGCAAACCCCCUAAAGCAGCAAAGAAGACGCCUUCCACGCGAAAGCAAAACUUGAAUUUCUCUGCCCCCGCCAUACCACCAGCUAAAAAUCCACCUUUGCCUGGGCCAGGGCAGUAUGAAAUAGUGGACUACGAAGGCCCACCAAAGCAUUAUAUCUCUAGUGCUGUAUUUGUCUCAAACACGGGACGGUGGAGAGGGGACACAUCUCAGCAAGGGAUACCUGGGCCAGGUACUUAUCUGCCAGAAGUACCAGGGAAGCAGUCCUUUAUCUACAACACUGAGAACAAGUGGAUUCCAGUACUGUAA